AUGUUUCCCAUCCCGGCAUCGGUUCGGCGUCGUCUGCCCUACCUAUAUUCAUCCCGGCCCGCGUCUAAGUGCGCCGAGUUAAGCGAGGACCCGCGUGGGCCGGCGUCCGAACCCAAUCUCCCGUAUCAGAGUCACUCCUCACCAGCGGUAUUCGAGGCACAACGACCUUCCACGGCCAGCGAUGAUCUAGACUUCGACUCCGGCUGCGGAGGACCGGACAGUCCGCGAGAGGAGAUAGGAUCCCCGACGAAGUACGAAACCGAGUCUGGUCUGAAGUGGAAUCGGAUAAUAUCCGCAUUCAACCUUCUCCGCAAUGCGGGAUACGAAGCGCAACAGCCGCAAGCGGAUGUUCGUCUGGCUCGGUCGCUUUACAUCAACUCUUUGGUUUACCUCCUGGAUGCAUUGCCUCCAGAUCUGACAGAUGAAGAGACGUCUAUACUUCAGCGCCAUAUCCCUGAGCUGAUUAGGGCGGAGGUAUCAUGUCCUCAGCGUCCUCGGUACUCCUACGGCCAGAGUUCUCCAGUAGAGCCCAACGCGAGAUCUUAUUUGCACAAAAUCCUUGCCUCGGUAAUUUUGCAGUUUUUCAUUCUCUUGCGGUUUGUUCUACCGUAUGUGAAGUCGUUGGUGUGUCGGCUAUAUGAAUAUGAGCGGACACAUCGCAUCACCGAGCGCAUUGUGACUACAACACUGGACGCAGCCGAUGGGUUGGGGAAAGGGGGUAUCAACAUUGGCGCUGCGACUUCCAAGUUCAAUGAAGGGCGGGUCGGUGCUGCUGUGUGUAAUCUCGCAGCUUGGUGGAUGGAAGGCGUAGCGGGAGGUAUAUAUGAAGGGGUUGGGGAGGGGAUGGUGCAUCUGGGUCUCUUGGGACAAGAUGCGGAUUUAGAUAGACUUCACUUGCAAUCCACGAAUAGAUAG